AAUUAAUAUAUUCCUUUCCUGCUCCUCCUAGCUCUAAGCUGCAAUGAAAAUGAUGGAGACCACAUGGACAGAGACCAACAGUACACCCCCAACCAGAAAACCAAACGCAUGAGGACCUCUUUCAAACACCAUCAGCUCCGGACAAUGAAAUCCUACUUUGCUAUUAACCAUAAUCCAGAUGCCAAGGACUUAAAGCAACUAGCUCAGAAGACUGGUUUAACCAAAAGAGUUUUACAGGUAUGGUUUCAAAAUGCAAGAGCCAAAUUUAGACGGAAUCUUCUGAGACAAGAAAAUAAUGGAGUAGACAAAACAUCAGAUUCCACUCUUCAAGCUGGGACUCCAUCAGGACCAGUCUCUGAAAUUUCCAAUGCUUCUAUGAGCCCCGCCACUACACCAACUACAUUAACAGACUUGACUAACCCUACAAUGCCAACUGUGACAUCUGUACUGACUUCGGUAGCUGGUAGCUUGGACGUGCAUGAGUCUCGAAGUCCUCCACAAACAACACUCACAAAUCUCUUCUGAUGACUCUUCAAAAGUUCAUUUAACAACAAAAAAGAGAUUAUUUUUAGUCAAUUUCCAAGUGUAUUUUAAUAGAGACUUUGUUCAAUGAAUAAAUUACAUUUUUGGGGAACAUUCUCAGAGAAGAGUUCAUUGUGCUGGUGUUUUGAUAAACUGAAGAAUUGGUUGAAAGAUGUAUCUGCAACACAACAUUUGUGUACCUGUACAGUUUUGUGGACUAAAAAUAAGGGAAAGAACCAUUAAUUUAAGUUGGCUGAAUCUUCUGUAUUCUCAAAGACUGUUAUGUGCCUUAUAUACUGUCUUAUCAACAUAAAAUUUCUCUCUGUAUAUUUAUGACCAGAACUAAAUUGUUACAAGUUUGUUACUUUUCAAAUAGUCCUAAAAAGUUUCUUUGCUUAGACUUUUUCUGGCAGAAUUUUGGAGCGAGUAAUGUAAAAUGUGAGCAUUCAUAGAUAAUUUGGUGGUUUCCGUCCAUCACAACAUUUGCACUGGUAACUACAUCCAGAUAAGUUUACUGGGCUUUCCAGUAAACUUGGGGUAAAGAGACUUUACGCAGGGAUCCUAAAAUUGUCUAGUGUGAUAUAUAACCUCUUUAGAUUUUGAAAACGCUAAUAUAUUGAUAUCUUAAACCAUGCAUACCUCCCAAAUGUACAUAUUUUGGUGGACAACAGCGUCAUGAAGAAGCAAGACUUAGUGUAAGUGGUUGGCAUUUCACCUGAACAGGGGCAGGAAUAGGAAAACCUGUAUGGUACUUACAUGUUCCAGUUUUACAUUUUAGGAUGUUGGGAGGUGUGAGAGUGGUAUGACCCUGUCUACUCUAGUCCAUAAAGUAAUUAUUUUUCCAUUUAGGAUUAGGAAUGAAAGAAAUUGGCUAACUGGAAAUAAGUAUUAAAAACAAAGCACAAUGUUUGACUAGCAUUUAAACAAACCGUGAAGGUUUUGAGAGUAAAAGGUUCACCUACCACAGUUUGAACCACUCUUAAUUUGUUUUAAAUCUCAUAUACUAAACUGUUCACUGUGAAAAUUAGUUUACAACUGGUGAGAAACAAGGAUUUCUAGUCAUUAAAAUGUUGUUCAUGAGCUUAGUUGUCUCUGCCACAACAGUCACCAUAAUUCAGUAUUAACUUUUACAAACAUUUUUAUUAAAGGACUAAAAGACAAACCACAUACUGUACUUACAUGGUUUUACAGUGCUGCACCCAUAAUCUAAAUAAGUGAUACACACCCACUAUAAGCCAACCAGAACCAACUCCACUAAUAAGCCCACAUGUACUCUUACAUCAAAGAUCCUUAGGAAAAUCAAUACAUUAAUGAAUCUUCUAGAUUCUUAUAGACUUUGUGGCUCAACUAGAAUACAAAGAAGGCCAUGAUACUAUUAUCUGGAGUUGUUUCACUCAGAUUAUUUAAAACUGUAUAUAACCCAUAAACACAUUUAAUAUAUUGCAGCUUACCUGUUCCUUAAAUGUGGUGGCUGCAUUUGUUUUUUGUCAGGCCUUUUUUUGCUUUAUUUUUACUUGGUGAUCCUGAAAAUAAAACACUUCCUGUCCUAGAGUGGCUACACUCGCUCCAUUGUAUCAAUGGAGAAGCUUUGGGCUGCUCUCCUAAUUUGGACUACAAACAUAUCUUCUUCUCUUCUUCUCCAUUACAUGGAGGGUAGUGGAAUUUGUAGUUUAAAGAAGAUAGCUUAGAAAAAUGAUAACAUUGUUUGUCAUUUCAGCUCAAUUCACAGGAUAACAGGUAUUUUCUGAACUGAAUUUUGUUUCCUCUAAAAUAAAACGAAUGCAGCUGCCACAUUUAAGGACUAUAUGAUUUUUUUGUUCUAGGGUUAGAUAUCCUUUAAAUCAAAAUAUACAGUACAUGCCACAUGACCUACGGGGUUUGAAUGUCCAACGAGUUCUUAAAAAAACAUUGACACAAAAUUGCACUUGACUGUUUCAUGGCCAUUUUAAGAGUGGGUUGUAGAGUCCUUGCACUGAUGAGAAUCACCAUGCUCGCAUCAUUUUAAGUCUUAAAUAUACUGAUAAGAUUGGAUGUAAAUACAAAUGAAGCUCACCCUUAUGCAGAUGAGGAAAUUCAGAAAGGCACAUUCUAGCACUCAUAGGUUUUAAUAUAUCUUGUUCAGUGCCACACAUGCCUGAAACACUUUGGAAUAAGUUACAGGCAAGCCCUGACUCUGAGAGAGUCGCCAGAAGUAUUUAGAAAUAAUGCCCUUUAUAACUAAACUCAUUCUUAGCUAGUGUUUAUUAAUACCAUUGGUAAAGCCAAUUCGAAACAACCAUCCUUGUAUAAACUUAUGGCCUGUGUGUAAUCUUUUUGUAAAGUUUUGUUUGGUCUCUGAAAAAAGGUAUAAAGCAGGAAAAUAAUUAUACUAAUAAACAAAGGCUGCUUCUUUUAUUA